CGCAGUACCCAUCUCAUAUCAAUACCAUUGUCCGCCGCAUCCAUCCUUCCCUUAUCCGCUUCAUCCUCAUCCGUAACUUAACGGAAUCUACGCUCCGCCCUGCGCCGGCGAAGGGCACACGUCAUAGCUCGUGCGGACUGCACAGCCGAGCUCCCAGCUCCCACCACCGAGCCCAGUUGCACUGGACUUUCCUUGGCAGGAUCGACGACGUAGCGCAGUAGGAACAAGGUCAGCUUUGUUGUAGGGUUAUCGAAUCGUUGAUGGGGUUUUUUGCUGAGACACGGAUACGAUAACUGCGGUUUUUGAGCUGGACUGGAUAGACGACUGGACGACUGGACGACUGGACGACUGGACGACCGGAUUCAAGGAUAGGAAGACAGGAUAGGAUAGGAAGACAGGAUAAGAUAGGAAGACAGGAUAGGAUAGGAAGACAGGAUAGGAAAGGAAGAUCGCCAAGGAUAGCUCGCAACUCAUAGGAGGAACAGGAAACCAGCUCGGGGACGAGAAAAGGACAAUCUGGACUGGACGGAUUACUUCGUCGGCCUGACGGCGGAACUGGGCGGUGCGCCGUACGAACCGAAAGGUCCUACCGAAUACACCACUACCUCUCCUACCACUACACCGCCGCAGCGCACGAGACCACCACCGAAAGGACGAGAGAGACUCGACAAACGCACAAAGCCGAUGACGACGAUGGCGAUGGAGAAUGGGAUACCUACUGUUGCGGAGCUGGAGACGGUGAGGCAGGAGGUGAGGGAGGAGUUAGACCUUCCGCCCAAGAGCUUCGCUGAUGCUGUGGUGGAGGGGGAGGAGGAGUUGAAUGGGGUGAAAGAGGGGGAGACGGUGCUGCCGAAUAGUUUUGCGGAGGUUGUGGUUGAGGGGGCUAAGGAGGGGGCGGAUGAGGGGGAGAGGGUUGGUGGAGAGGGGAAUAGGGAGACGAAUGGGGAUAAAAAGGAACAGAGGAAUGGCGACAAGAAAGCACGGAGAGAGCAAGCAAACAACCACACAAACGACGACGGAGGCAAGAGCUACGCCGCAGCUCUCCUCCAACCCCCCAAACCCAUCACUCGCCAGCGCCGCUCCAAACCCUCCACCCGCGCCCCCCCCCUUUCCCACCACACCUCCAUCCACAGCGCCGAGCUCUACUCAGACACGGAAUUCGAAGACUCGGAUAUCUUCACCAAUUAUCCGCCCACACCCUCCCCGUCCCACUCUACUGAGCAUCUUGUUUCUAUCAAGACCCCCUCCCGCGCUUCAUCCCCGGGGCCCCAGGAUGGCGACCCAAACCGUACUGGCAGCCGCACCCUUACCUCCGGCCGCGAAGCGGGGAAAAACUGGCACGCCUCGCGCAUCCGGUUCGCGCCUCUCAAUAUUCCGCUGCAGAGACGUCUACAGACUGCAAUGGUGCUCGCACACACCCUCUGCAUCGCGGUGCUAAUCGGGACAUUCCUCUUCGCCUGCGCGAUUCCCCUGCUGUGGCCCUUGAUCGUGCCAUACAUGGUGUAUAUCAUGUUUUCCAAAGCCGGCUAUAGCGGGGAGCUGAGCAUGCGGUCGCCGAGGUUGAGGGGGAGCAAGUUGUGGUCCCUUUUUGCGGGGUACUUUCCUGCGCGGCUGCAUCGCACGGUGGAGCUUAGCCCGACGAGGAAGUAUAUCUUUGGGUAUCAUCCGCAUGGGAUCAUUAGCCAUGGCGCGUUCGCGGCGUUCGCGACGGAGGCGUUGGGGUUUGCGCAGCUGUUUCCGGGGAUUACGAAUUCCCUGCUCACGCUGGAUAGUAACUUCCGCAUACCGUUUUAUAGGGAGUACAUACUCGCCCUGGGGCUCGCGAGCGUGAGCAGACAGAGCUGCGAGAAUUUACUUAGUAGGGGGGGGUUGAAUGGGGAGGGGAUGGGGAGGGCGAUUACAAUCGUCGUUGGCGGCGCCCGGGAGUCCCUCGACGCGCGUCCAGGUACGUUGAGGCUCGUACUGCGCCGGCGGUACGGCUUCGUCAAGAUGGCUCUCCGCACGGGGGCUGAUCUGGUCCCCGUCCUCGGGUUCGGAGAGAACGAACUCUACGACCAAUUCAGCGUGGAAGGCCGCCCGUGGAUCCGGCGGGGGCAGGAUUUGCUCAAGCGCACGCUGGGUUGGACGCUGCCGCUGUUUCAUGCGAGGGGGGUGUUUAAUUAUGAUGUUGGACUGGUGUCGUAUAGGCGCGCGGUGAAUGUGGUGGUGGGGAGGCCGAUUCCGGUGAGGCAGAAUAGGAUGCCGAGUGUGGAGGAGGUGGAGGAGUUGCACGAGAGGUACUGUGAGGAGUUGGUGAGGUUGUGGGAGACGUGGAAGGAUGAUUUUGCCCAGGGGAGGGCGGAGGAGAUGAGGAUUGGUGAUUAAGGGGUUGUUCUGGAGGGAGAGGUGGGAUUGAGGAUGAACAUUUCUUGGGGAAAUGGAUGGAGGAGACAUGGAGCGAGUAUUGGGAGGAUGAUUGCUUGAGGAUUACUCGAGGAGUUGAUGAGCUGAAGGGAGGUACAUAAGUUACCAUAUAAUCAUAUGGGACUCAAUAUUUAUAUACCAUAGCUAGAGUGUAUUUCCGAAUUAACUGGCGUUCAACUGGACAAUAGAGGGUGGAUGAAGCGUGAAAAAGAAAGGGGGCAGAAAGCUUACAUGUACGGAGCUAGCCACCCAAGGAAGGGAUG